GUAUUAACUCAAUUAUGAAUGCUCUUAGCAAAGCUAGUAAAAUGAAAGCUGGUAAUGUUGGAAACAAUGGUAUGGGAAUGGGAAAUAACCGUAUGGGAAUGGGAAACAAUGGUAUGGUAAUGGGAAACAAUGGUAUGGGAAACAAUGGUAUGGGAAUGGGAAACAAUGGUAUGGGGAUGGGAAACAAUAAUAUGGGAAUGGGAAACAAUAAUAUAGGUAAUAACGGCAUGGGUAUGGGAAAUAACGGUAUGGGAAGCAAUAAUAUGGGUAUGGGAAACAAUGGUAUGUGGAUGGGAAAUAAUGGUAUGGGAAUGGGAAAUAACAGUAGGGGAAUAGGAAACAACAAUAUGGGGAUGGGAAAUAAUGGUAUGGGAAAUAACGGUAUGGGAAUGGGAAAUAACGGUAUGGGAAAUAACGGUAUGGGAAUGGGAAAUAACGGUAUGGGAAUGGGAAAUAACG